AUGGUAGAGAGUAUGAUAAUCAUAGUUUCAACAAAUUUUCCACUUCAAAUGGAAUGCUUUAUCGUCACUCUUGUCCUCACACUUCACCUCAAAACGGGAAAGCUGAGCUGUGUGCGGGUGGUUUUGGAUCAUUGUCCGGUGAUUUUGGAUUCAAAUCCCCCUCUUUGGGGUCUCGGACCUUUCAGAUUCGACAACAUUUGGCUUGAGCAUAAGGAGUUUGGCUCAAAUUUCAUUAAUUGGUGGCAUGGUGCGUCUCUGAGAGGUGGGUCUGGAAAAAAGUUUAUGCUAAAAUUGAGAGAAGUGCAACAAAGGGUUCAAGUGUGGAGUAGAAGGAUUUAUGGUCCAAGGAAGUGGGAAAAGCAGGCUCUUGAAAGACGUAUUUCAGAAUUGGAUAGAAUAGAGGAAAUUGGUAAUUGGGAUGAUUCUCUUAUAGCUGAUAGAAGUAGAGUUAAGAGGGAGUGGCAAAAUUUGGUUUUAGAAGAGGAGAGAGGAAACUGGUUGAAGCUCAAGUGUCAAUGGGCCAAAGAUGGGGAUUAUAAUUCCAGACUUUUCCAUAGUAUUCUCAGUGCUCAUAAAUCAAAGAACUUCAUUUCUAGGAUUGAGAGAUUGGACGGGAGUAUGCUAAAUGGGGAAAGUGAGAUUGCUGAUGAGAUUGUUAGGUUUUUUUCAAAUUUAUAUUUGGCGGUUGAGCGUCAAUGGAAAGGAAUUCGGGGCAUAGAGUGGAGAAGACUAUCUGGUUUCCUAAGCUCCUUUAUUGAGAGGCCUUUUGAGGAGGAGGAGAUCAAACAAGUUGUUUUUGAUUGUUCUGGAGAUAAAGCACCAGGGCCUGAUGGGUUUUCUCUGGCUGUGUUUCAUUCAAAUUGGGAUGUCAUUAAGGAUGAUUUAGUGGAGGUUUUUAAGGAAUUCCAAGGCGAUGGUUCUAUUCCGAAGGGUUUUUUGGAGAGUAGUGAGAGAGAGAGAGUGUAUGUCCAGGUCUAUUGCGCACCAUAA